UUUCUGAUCCAACGGUGCUCCACGCGCAGUUGCCCUUGGAUCAUUGGAUAGGCGAAUCCGACUCUUCACUCCUCUGCGGGGGAACGCCGGAAACCCGCAGUCCCCCUCCUCCUCACCCCACAGAUGGCGGCGGCCUCGCCGGAGAGCAAGCCUCCUCGCUCGCUCUUCGACCUCCCCUCGGACUUCUUCGAUUCGUCUGCGCUCCUCGGAUCUCACCCUUCGUCUGCCCCCUCCGCAGCGGAGCCGUCCAACUCCUUCCGGCCGGCUCCGCCGCCGCCUCUGUCGCAACCGUCGGAGGCCCCGGGGUUGAGGUGGACUUGCAACACCUGCGCUUCUGAAUUCGAGUCCCUGCAGGAACAGCGGGAGCACUUCAAGUCUGAUCUCCAUCGCCUCAACGUCAAGCUAAGCAUUGCUGGUAAAACUAUUAUCAAGGAAGAGGACUUAGAUAAAGCAGAUCCUGCUUCUCUGUUUGAUGAUUUGGAGGUAUCAAGCGUAUCUGGUUCAGAGGAUGAACUUGAAGGGCCUGCAUCAGAUCGUGGUCUCUCAGUCAAAGACAGGGGAGAAUUCAGGAAGAAACUUUAUUUUCGCUGUCCUUCUGGUGACACAGUUUCUGUCUGGAGAUGCGCACUGUUGAAAGAACAUGAAGAACCAUUUUUCAAUAACAAGUCUGGUCUGAUGGAAAGUCAUGGAUCUACAUCAUAUGUACAGGAGGAUGAGAUGCUAAAUAGAGUGAAGAACUUGAUGUUUGAACCUCGUGAUGCGUCACGUUUGAGGGUCAUUCUACUAACAAGUGGUGGACAUUUUGCAGGAUGUGUUUUUGAUGGAAACUCUAUCAUAGCCCACAAAACAUUUCAUAGAUAUGUUGUAAGGGCAAAGGCAGGAAAGAGGCAGUCUGGGAAAGAUGCUACUGGAAAAGUUGCACAUUCAGCAGGGUCAUCUCUUCGCCGUUAUAAUGAAGCAGCAUUGAAGAAGGAAAUUCAAGAAUUGAUAGUUUCUUGGAAGUCAUACUUCGACCUUUCUGUUUGUGUCUUUAUCUAUGCUCCAUCAAAGAACCGCCAGAUGCUCUUUGAUGGGGAUAAGACUCAAUCAAUAUUGCAGGCUUGUGAUCUUCGUCCAAUCCCAUUGACUGUUCAUCGUCCCACCUUGAAGGAAGCAAAACGAGUAUAUUCUAACCUAACACAGCUCUGUUAUGAGAUUGAGUUCUUGAGUGUGGAUGAAAUUUUACCUGAUGUGGAGCAUGUGAGAAGUUUUGAACAGUGUAAAGAGUCUAAGCAGAAAAAAAUUAUGGACACCAGGGAAUCUAUUCCUGUCUCAUCCUUAAGUUUGGACUCAUCAAAUAAGCAUGAAGAAACAUCCAUACAAUCAUCUAAUAAUGAAACAACACCUCUCCAUGAGGCUGCAAAGUCCGGCAAUGCUCAGCAAACACUGGAGUUGCUUGAGCAGGGGCUGGAUCCUUGCAUUAAAGAUGCAAGAGGAAAAACACCUUACAUGUUGGCUCCGGACAAAGAAGUUAGAAAUACAUUCAGAAGAUUUAUGGCGCUUAACCUUGACAAAUGGGAUUGGCAUGCUGCUGAUGUGCCUAGUGCACUAACAAAGGAAAUGGAAGAAUCACAAGCAGCAAAGCAGGCAGAGAAGGAUGCCAAGAAGAAGGCAAGAGCAAAGGAACUGAAGAAAUUAAAGAAAGCAAAAGAAAAGGAAAAGGAGAAAGAAAAAGAAAAGACACAAGCUUCACAAUCCCAAAUUAACGUAAGAGGCACUUCCGCUGUUCAAAUGGCCAAUGCAACUGCUUCUAUACCAGGCCUGAAACAAAAGCAUCAGCCUACGGCAGUUUCUAAAGAGGAGGAACGACAAAGGAAACUGGCCGAGGAAAGAGAGGAAAGAGCGGCUGCAGCCGAACGAAGAUUUGCGGCUCUGGCAACUCAAUCAAGUAGCGCAUCAGGGACUGCAGCAGCAGAACCCACCCUACAGAGAGCAGCACCUGAUGACAAUACUUGUUCGUGCUGUUUUUCUUCCUUGGUCGGCAAGGUACCAUUCCACAGAUACAACUACAAGUACUGCAGCACCACAUGUAUGCAUCUUCAUUCAGAAAUGCUGGAAGAUGAUUGAGAAAGUUUAUGAUGAGAAAAACAUGAGAUCUAAUUAUACCUCUCGCCAGUUUUUCUUAUACAUGAUAUCUAAUAACCGGGCCUGUCUUCCAGUUUUGCU